AUGCAUUUGUAUGACACAAAGUUGAAUCCAUCUCCAUUGUUAUGUUCUGAUGAAGAUGAGAAUUUAAUUUUCGCAGUUGUGGAGAUUUAUCAUGCAUCUGAACCAAUGCAUGACCCUAGCAUUCAAGAACUGUUCUUUUCCGAGGAAAAUCACACUGCCUUUGCUCGGAAACUACUGGCCUUGCCUGAUGAUGGUGAUGGUGAUGGUUCAAUGAAUCGCAUAGGGGCAACAUGCUCGAAGGACAACAUAGUUGUGUUUCAAGGGCCAACAUCUCCGCUUCCGAAUGGCAUUCCAACAUACACAGUUCAAAUACUGAACGUAUGUGUGUCGGGUUGUAGCAUCUCUAACAUUCACCUCAGCUGUGGAUGGUUCAGCUCUGCCAGAUUGAUAAAUCCGAGUGUUUUCAAGCGAAUCUGUUACGACGAUUGCCUUGUCAACAAUGGGGACCCACUUGCUCCUGGACAAAGCCUUUCUUUCCAGUAUGCCAAUACUUUCCGAUACCCUCUUGCAGUUUCCUCUGUUGCUUGCUACUAG